AUGCAGCGUCUGCCUUUGGGGAGUUGCCGGUUGUCGCCUCGGCUGCAUGCGUAUCUUCUUUGUCUUCUCGUCGACCACAAAGUGGCGUGUGAGCGCAGUGGACGAGCAGGAGCUUCCACAGUUUCAGCAGCACCAGGGCAUGUUGGAGGUGUUAAGGUCGACAGCGCGAUCCGAUCUAAGGAAGCGGCAGCAUUUGCAGUGAAGCAGGAGGAGCAUCCUCUCUUGCAAGUCGACAGCAGCAGCAUCGCCAGUGGGAGACGCAGUGGCAGCUGUCGCGGGGAGCUCGAAGAGGCGGCGGCUGGGCGAACUUUGAGUGACUGGUUGUAUCACCACCAGGAAGCAUUGCUGCAGCAGCAGAGUCCGUUGGUGCUGGAUGUUUUCGCUGCAGCACCUGCUGCGUUUGUUGCGGCUGCGGGUCUGCUGCAGCAGUUGCAGCAGCUGCAGCAAACGCAGCAGCAGCAGCAGCCGAGGAAGCGGCAGCAGCAGCAGCUGUUGCUGAAGCUGCCUCCGAAACAGCCAGAAGACGAACUCGCGCAGGAGCAAGACUACCCAGAGGAGCACUCAGCUGCAGCAGCAGAGGCAGCAGAAGAGAGCAGAAAACAGCAAAUCCGAUCCUUCGCAGUAACUUGCAUGCUCGAGGGGUUGCAACAACAAGGCGUGUCUGUCCAUCCCCUGGAGUUUAGACCUCCAGAGCUGCCCGUCGAUCUUAUAGCCCUCCCUGCAUUCACGACAGGGGGCGCAUGGAGCAGGUAUGUGUGGCGACUCUUGCAGCAGUUUGGUAGCACUCGGCGUGCAGCAGAGAUUUCCCACGUGGACCGUUCGACUGUAGCAGCAGCCUCCAUGGCAGGAACGGCUGCAGCAGCUGCAGCAAGCGCAGCAGCUGCUCAGCAGCAGCAGCAGCAGCACGCUGCGACUCCUGCGAGCUGGACACCUGGAGCUGCAGAUUUGGAAUCAACAAGAGCAGCAGCAGCUGCAGCAGCGGCUGCUGCUGCUGCGCAUGCAGAAGCGAUCAGAAGACACGGGGCCGGCAAGCUCUCAGCCUAUGAGGCGACAGCAGGGCCCUCGCGAGGGCGGCGCUUAGGUGCUGUUGCUGCGGAAGGAAGCGCGUUGGAGUCGGGGAGAGCUGCCGUUGCACCUGCGGCUGCACACGAAAAUGAAGCCUUGCUGCAGCGGCGUAGCCAGCAGCAGCAGCAGCAGCAGUGGGAUCUGCAUGAAUCAGCGCUCCUGCUGCACUUGGCAGGCCGCUUUGCAGGCAGCAGCAGCAGCAGCAGCAGCAGCAGCAGCAGCAGCAGCAGGGCGUGGAUUUCUGCCGCGAAAGGCCUUCCAGGCAGCAACAACGUGAACUGGAGUCUUGUGGCGAGUGCUCUCUCGCGCGCAGGCUCCUUUGGAGGCAUAGUCUCUCGCUUGCGGCUUCCGUUCGAAUGCAGCAGACAGCAUGCAGUGCUGCUGCAGCACCUCCAGCAGCUCCAGCAAACAGCCAAAGAGCUCAGACACCCCAUGUUUCUCCUGCUGCUGCGACAUAGGAGGGCCUUUACGGACAAAGACGUCCUCAUGAUGGCUGCACCGGCGCGUUGCUCCUUCGCAGGGCUUGCUGGGGAAGUCUCAGAGUCUUUGACUUUCGAGCUGCUGCUGCCGCCGAAGCCGCAUGCCCUCAUGCAGUGGUUGCUGCGCAAUCAGCAGCAUCGCCUCCCGAAAGAGCUGGGGAGUGCAGGUGCGCAGAAGCGCCAUGAGACACCGUCGCACAGCAGCAGCGUGAGCAACCAGCGGCUGUCGUCGGAGGAGCUGUUGCUGCCCCUUGCUGCUGCUCUAGUGGUGGAGGAAAACGCCUCAGCAGUGCGAGCCUUCACGCUUCCACGGGAUUUGCUGUCGGAGCUGCGCUUUUGGCAGCAAGAGCAGCAGCAGCAGCAGCAGCAGGAGCAGCAGCAGCACACGAAACAGCAGCAGCAGCAGCUGGGGGGUGCAGACCAGGAUGUCGAAGAGCUGAUGCCGCAGAUUAGAGGCUUUUCGCUUGAGUGGCGAGGCGCUGCUGCAGUUCAUGAGGAGCAGCAGAAGCAGCAGCAGGAGCAGCAGCAGCAGUUUUCUGCCAAACAGCGGCAGCAGCAGCAGCAGACGUCGCUGCUCGACUCCUCUCCGGCGGAGGCUUCAGCGGCACGGGCUGCACGGGGAGAGGAGAAUGAAGAGACGCUGCAGGAAGCUCUUUCUGCCUUACAGCCUCUGAGCAGCAUGAAUUUGCGGCUGGGAUCGAAUCAGAAGAGACAGUGGCGUAGCAGCUACGGCCUGAUGGAUGGCUCGCUAGCAAAGAAGCGCAAGCCGUCGUUGUAUUCGGCUAUCCACGAGAUGGCGGCAAGGAGCGUCGCGUGCUGGAGCGUCUCGGCGUGGAAUUUUUUGCAUGCGUCCACAGCUCCACCCUCCGCAGAACCUCCCGUGGAUGCACAACAAGUGCGUGGUGUGAGAGUUUCCAGGGAGCAAGGGGUGGGGGAGGGGGCGCAUGCGCUGGAGGGAGGCAGUCGAGGAAGGCGGCUUCGAGGUGUAUGUGUGUAUGUGAUCGGAUCCCAAGUUGAUAGUGCCUCCGCAUCCAUCUCACCAAAGUCUUGCGCAGCAAGCGCGUCAUCACUUUGUACGGCGUACAGAAUGCUAAGACUUAGCCUCGCUUGUUUCUUGCCUGCGACGCCUCGUGGUAGCUCCUUUUGCGGCUCCACGAACGGGCGAAUUCCUGAGAAGUAA